CAGUGCGCGAUUUAGAACCGAGCCGUUAGCGUCCGGUUGUAAACAGUAAGGAAGUGGGCGGUUAAAAUAGUUUACUACGAUCCUACACCAGUACAGUGAAGAUCCCUGCAGGCUGUAGAGGGAAAGGAUACGGAUUUAUUCUGUACUUCAUGUAUCUGUCUUUUCAGGUGAUGUGAUGGAGCAGGAAACGUUAACAUCGCUGAACUCUCUCUGUCUGGAGCACAAGAAGCAUAAUAUUGACACUUUCAGGCUUUUCAUGGUCACAUGGAACGUGGCUAUAGCGGAGCCUCCUGAUGACGUCGCGUCUCUCCUGCAGCUCAGUUCCCAGAAGAAAGCAGACCUCUAUGUAAUCGGGCUACAGGAAGUGAGAGCAGCACCUCUUAAGUUCGUCACAGAUCUAGCUUUUGGAGAUUCCUGGACUUGCCUCUUUAUGAAUACGUUGACUCCUCUGGGUUAUAUUAAAGUGUCCUCUGUGAGGAUGCAGGGUCUGCUGCUGCUGUUCUUUUCUAAGUUAGAGCACGUCCCGUUUAUCAGAGACAUCCGGACCACAUACACUCGCACUGGGAUGUACGGAUACUGGGGAAAUAAAGGUGGCGUAAGCAUCCGUUUCUCUUUGUACGGCCAUUCGCUCUGCUUCCUCAACUGUCACCUGGCAGCGCACAUCCAUAACGCCUCAGAAAGAGUGGAGGAGUCCGAACACAUCUUCAACUCCCAGACCUUUGAUGGCAAAGAAACUCUGUCUAUUUUAGACCACAAGCUCGUCUUCUGGUUCGGAGACUUGAAUUUUCGUAUCGAAGACCAUGGGAUGCACUUCAUCCGAAACUGCAUCAACAGCAAGAAUUUCAACCUUCUGUGGUCUAAAGACCAGCUGACUAUGAUGAAAAAAAAAAUUCCCAGACUGCAGCAGUUCGAAGAAGGACCUCUCAAUUUUCAGCCUACCUAUAAAUUUGACUUGAAUUCCGAUAAAUAUGACUCCAGGAUACAGACGGCUUGGUUCGGUCUUACCGGGAAAAAGCGGAAGCCUGCAUGGUGUGACCGGAUCCUGUGGUGGAUGAACCCCAAACCUCGACCUGAGAAUGCAGAUAUAAAGCAUAAUGAUGCAGAUGAUGAGCAGAAGCAGCUUGAGGAGCCGUUGGAUGAAUUUCCUCUCAGAGUCGUGCAGGACACUUACACCAGCAACAUGGAGUACAGCAUCAGUGACCAUAAACCCGUCAUCGGCAUCUUCACACUGGAGCUGAGGAAGCUGUACGAGACUCCACUAGUGCGUGUGUGUGCUGAGGGCAAAUGGAGUGCAGACAUGGACGCUGUGGUGACUUAUAGUCCUCUGGAGCAGUUUCCUUCAAGUGCUUGGGACUGGAUUGGCCUUUAUAAGGUUGGCUUCUGCAGCCUUACUGACUACAUCACCUAUACCUGGGUAAAAGAUGACCAGGUGGUCUUCAAUAAUGAGCUCAUCCAGGUUUAUGUAAGCAAAGAAGAGAUCCCGGUUGUAGGCGGCAAAUGUGUUCUAUGCUACUACAGUAGUAACCUGCAGUGCAUUGUGGGUAUCAGUGAACCCUUUCAAGUUCAUGAGUCACAAGCAGCGAUCGAAGAAGGCUUUUUACUUGAGAACGUUAACAGGUUCGACCAGGUUUUGUCCAGUUAGGACUACACGAAGAAGCCGGCAGAUGCCGAUCACCAUCGGAUGCUCUUUUUUCGUCAACAUAAAAACCUGAAGAAUUUAUUACACAAGUGCAAUUUUAUCCGAAUA